AGCUGCGCCGGCGCUGUCUCGCGCGCGCGCGGCCCCGCCACCGCCCCGCGGCACCUGUGCCUCUGCACCGCUGGGGGGCGGCCGCCGGCCCGCCGUCGGGGCGGGCCGCCCGGGCCGCGCCGGCGGGCAUGGCGUCCGGGCACCUGAUGACGAUGCCCGUGCUGCUGGUGAACAUGGGUGGGGAGAUGGUCUACAUCUUGGCGCAGCGGCUGCAGGCCCAGAAGAUCCCGGAGGCGAAGGGCCAGAAGGUGCUCAGCGACGUGGUGCGGACGAUGUAUUACCCGAGGUUCAUCGAGGAGCUCUUCAAGGGGCAGGAGAUGUAUUCCAUGCAGUCCACGCGGCAGAUAUUCGACCGGCUGGCGCACUCCUCCAUCAUGCGGUUGAACGAAUCCUCCAUGGACAAGCUCUUCGACCUCAUGACCAUGGGGUUCAAGUACCAGAUCCUCUCUUGCGCGGAGCCCCAGCAGCUGGUCGAGAUCACCCAGAACCACCUCGAGAACCUGCACCGGCUCGUGGGCGCGACGCCUCAGCUGCCGGAGCUGCUGAACGAGUGCGUGAGACAGGUGCAACUGUCGUACCAGCACAUGCCCCUGGCGGACAUGAACGCCAUGAGGCAGAUGCUCUGCACCUUCUUCCAGGACCGCAAGGUCAAGGUCGCCCUCUUCCUGAACGACAAGUCCCAGAAUUCCGACGGCUCGCUCGUGGUAAGGAGAGCGAGGGCGUCCUGCCGCGCGGGGCCCAGGUGCCCGGCACCGUCCGGUACUUCUCCGGGGGCGCGGAGGUGCGCACGGACCUGCAGCCGACCGUGAGCACGGGCCUCUGGGCUCCAGCGGGCGCCUCCCGCACGCAGCUGGGCGGCAACCUGUACGAGGGCAGGGGGCAGGCCGACGGCGGUGCAGGCCUGCCGCCCGCGCAGGAGUCGCAGCGGGUGCUCCCCCCCCUUCGGGCUCCCCCGCCGUCCGACUCCACCGCGGCCGCGGUGGGUGAGCUGAACCACCUCGCCUCGCUGAUCGCGCCGACCUCCGCGCACCAGGGGGAGACGUUCAGGCUCGAGAGCCUCUUCGGGCAGGACAUCUUCUCCGGCGAAGGAGCCCACGGCGGGGGCAUCAUCCAGAUCGACGGCGCGGCACCCUCGCAGUACCGCAGCGGCCUCGACGAGCUGCGGAGAGAGAUGGACGGGCUCGGCGGGCCGCAGGGCGGGGCGACGACCUCCUCGACCUGAUGGACCAGGCAAUGCCGUGAGGGCGUACCGCCGCGCUGGCGCCCCGUCUAGAAGGCAGUCACCGGGUCUCCCCGCCUCUCCUGGAGUGGCAGGAGUGGCCACUCGCCAUGAAGAAA